GCGGGAGUUAUUUAGAUGUUUAUAUACAUGGUUAUUUACUUUUUGUUAUUGACUUGUUGGUGCCACACAGGCUAAGUAUUUUGGCAGCUAAUGUUCAUUUGGCAUGAUGCUAUAUUGUUCCAAAGUUAAUACUAAAGGGAAUGUCUAGAAGAUUACUGUUACUCUGUUUCCGAGUGGGAACAAGAUGCUGCAUAGCAGCUUAUACACUCUCUGUUCCUCCAUGGGCUCAUGCCUGACUUCUGAAAAUUGGAGGUUUGAAGCUGCCAAGUUAUAUGGAAGCUACCACGUAGCAUCACUUUAGCGCCAUCAACCAAUAAAUUAGUGUGAUUCUAUUGGGCUUCAACCCAUCUGACAUGGGUUACAUUUUUCAACUUACACAAGUUUUUCCUCCACAUCCUCCAUUUUUUUUUUUUUUUUUUAUGUUUGAUCCAGUGGGUUUUUCAGUGUAUAUGAGACUACCCAGAAUGACACCACAGAAACAGAAACCAAGCACGACAAAUUGUAUAUAAUGGUUUGUUUUGGCUGGUUAAUAGACAAAAUCUAAUUAAUGUAGUUUGAAAUUAACAUGGAAGAGAUGCUUUACCAUUGCACACCUGGUUAGAAACAAUCACUGAACUAUGUAACGCAACACAAAACUGUGUUUUAAAAUCAAAACACAAAAUAAAAGAAAUAAAAAAGAAAUUAAAAAAGAAAUUAAUUAAGUCCAAAUGCUCUGCCAGAUUGGACACUAACCACCAUAAUAGUGACUUCUAUAAAGUUUUAUUUAUUUAUUUAUGUCAGAACAUGGCCCUUUUUCACCAAAGGACUUUUUUCUUCUUCUUCUUUUUGGUCAGAAAAUCAUCUAAAAUCCUGUAAAUUGUUUACAGUGUAAUGAUGUGUUUGAAACCGGAGAUUAUAUCACUAUCUAUCUACAUGCUUAUCACGUAUGUAAAUGCAUAUGCUCAGGGCUGAGAGUGUGUGUUUGAGAGCAAUAGCAUGAGUGGGAGUGUGUGUAAUUACCCGUCUGUUACUGCAUGUGUGUGUGUUUAUCCCUUUCACAGUGAGUAAGGCGAGUGGGCGACAGCAGCAACUGGUCUGCCUGUGUGUUGUUGCACAGCAGACAUGCCUCACACUGCACGAUAUUACUCAUUUCCUCAGCCUUGUGUACAUGCACACACACGCACAAACUCUCACACUUUUUCACAGUCAGCCUCACAGCCUUUCGACAUGGUGUGACACCACAUUUUGCCCAUAGAUUUGCACACACCAUUGCCUUACUGGUGUGUCUUUGUGUGUGUAGAAGAGCUGCAGGUGUGAUGGACUGCAGGAGUAAGUGGCGUCACAUGGAUAUCUGCUCAGUACACCCCAUCAAGGUCAGUCGCAUCAGGUACUGAAGUGACAUUCAGAAAUAAGUUUUAUCUGUGAAUCGAGUGUUUAGGGAUACUGCAAGAGGUGAGUGGGAGUUCUGAACGUGGCCGUGUGUGACACGUGGUGUGCGUGAUGCUGAUCAGCAGAAGAACAUGUCUUUCUCCUAGUCCUUUGUUCUUCCCAGCCCAUGUAACCUAGAGUGGCCAAGAAGGCCCGGGGGAUUGUCCCAUGAAUCCAAGCCCAGACCGCAGUAAGGAGUGCCUCCCCCCCAAAAAGCGGGACUCCCGACAGGGCUCAUCAGAUCUGCUGGCGCCAGAGGAUGACUUCAAACCCCCCGCCCCUUUUCGAAGCCGAAGGCAGCACCACUCUAUGGAGGGUCAACGAGAGAGUAGGGAUCUUCUACCACCCCCUCCACCCACGCUGCCACCCCUUCCUCUGUCGUUGCCGUGGCAGGUGUCCUAUACUCCCUCCAUGCAUCCCUCAUACCUGCCGGUCCAGGUGGGAGAUAGGCGAGGGUCAGCUUCGGCAUCCUGGAGAGAGGCAUUGUGUGGACGGGGUGUGGACGGAGGACUGGAGCACCCCGUUGCCCAUCACUCUCGUUGGCUGAGCAGUGACAUCCCCCCAAUUAGCGUGCAACCGCUCAUCUCUAUGCCCAUGUUCAAAAGUGUCUACACGGCCGAUUCCAGAGAAAUGUGGUCCUACAGCUCCGGUCGCCGAGACUAUAGCUCAUCUCUCUUCUCACCUCAUCUCUUUCCACAGCCUACAGUUUAUCCCCACAACACCCUGCCUGACAGCAGACUCAGGUACCAAGGCAGACGGCCCAAUGGUGUUGAAGGCACAGAUAGCGGGUCUGGGCCUAGCAGAAGGAUGCCCUCUUGUGAUGACCGUGGGAACGACAAUGUGACCAGGUUAGACGGUCAACAUGCCAAUGGCAGGAGAAGACAGGAGAACACAACAAGACAGACCACCGGAAGAGGCCUUCUGCCACGAGAGAGUAUAAGUGCACAUUCCUCACCGUGGGACAGGGACCCUCGGGGAACACCCAAAACGCCAGUACCCCCCUCACCAGACACAAAGACAGGAAGGGCAGUCACUUCUCAGGACCAUUUCGGUGGUAGUGCCUCUCAGGCUGGAGCUCAGAUUUACUAUGCUGUUGGGUCCCUUUGCCAAUCUGCCCACCAUAACUCUCAAAAGUACCCACAGCUUAGUCCUUCUGUGUCCUGCUCCCUGAGGAAGUCCCAACACUUCCUGCAAAGCCAAGACAACAGCCAUGGGGUUGAGACAGAAUGGGAUCCCUCAGCAGGGUCCUACCACCCUCCCGUCGCUGUGCUUACUGGCCCUGACCCACCCCCCUCUGCAGUCCUACCUCAUUUUGCCAAAGGUUCCCUGAUCGAGCUGGCUGGUGGCCAUCUGAAGAGGGUGGAGGAGCUGAAGACAGAGGAUUUUGUGCGAAGUGCUGACACCUUGCCUGAGUUUCACCUGAGCACCUGCACUAUUCUGUUAAUCUCACCUGGACCCACAUACGGCUUCAACCACUUGCAGGUCUUGCUCACAGACCGCAACACUCAGGAGCUGCUCACAGUCUUAGCGGAGUAUCCGUUUUUCGUCCGGGACCGCGGCUGGUCUUCUUGCAGUCCCCAGCGGAGCGCCCAGCUGUAUGGCCUGCAGUGCCGUCAGCUCAGCACAGGCGACGUGUGUCUGGCACUGACUCCCACACCUGCUUCACCUCACUCCAGCAGUCAGGUGCAGCAUCCUCACUUAUGCUCAGAGGACGCGGUGGAGGUGGCGGAGAGGAUGCCCCAUGCCCCCGCACCUCUGUCUCCGCCAGCGGGACAGCCUUCUCCUUCCAGUUUGCUAAGCGAGCGGCCCCGCGCCCGCAAGAGGCGCUGGUCUGCCCCUGAGCUCCAGUCAGGAAUCAAGACUAGCACCCAUUUACCUCAAGGCUCUAAGCACGAGAGACAGCAGUAAGGCUUUGAAUCGACUAGGAAGGUCUAGAGUCCGAUUAUUGGUAACCUCACAGAUACCAUGGAAUAGCUAGUAAAUUGCUCCCCUUCUGUCCUCUCCUGUUAAAUGUGAUUUCAGAAUGUAGAACAACACAUGCUAACCAGUUCCAAAAUGCACAGUGAGACAAUCAAAAAUCACUUCUUUGUGAUGCCACGCACCUUUAAGUAAUGCUAAUAUCAAGCCUUUUCUGCAGGGUAUGUCUUUUUAAUCCGUAUUAUAACAAACUAUACUACUGGAAGAAAAAGACAAAGUACACAAAUAUAUGAGAAUAUAUCAUAUUAUGAGUGUUCUGUGAAUAUGCUACAGGAAAUAGUCUACUGUUAAAUUCGUAAUGACGUCUUGUUUCACGCUUAUGAACUGCGUACGUACCUUCAGUCUAGCAGGCAAGCUGAAUGUAUCAGCCAGGCUUUCAGUGUGGGGUCAAUAUGCUAGUUCACUUUAGCAUUACGCUCCAGCCUGUUCUUACCAAGGGAAGAGACACUAAUGUGGGAAUGAAAGCACAUGCGACCCUGGGCCUGGUGUUUUUACAGAGUGAUGGUGCUAAUGACACAUCAGAAAAGUCCUCUGCUGAUUGUGGGUUUCCCUUUGACAUUUCCUUGUGAAAAAGGACAGAAAUCUAGUGUUUUGAAAUCAGAUACGGGUAUAUCUACUCAUGAUUAAGCACACUCUAUCACUUUAUUUUUCUCUCUUUUUUGUGGUUUCUCAAAUAACUUUUCGCUGUUAGUUUUUUGUUUCUUUAUAAAUGUUCGAAUUGCUCUAAAAAUGUAUAUUUUUAAAGUUGUGAGACUGUAAUACAAUGUUCGCUAGAAAUAAAAAAACAGCUUUUUAGA